AGUUGAGAUCUUUUAGAUGAAAGUGAUGGAUAUGGAAGAAGGGGUUAAAGAUAAUGCUGCAUCACCACCCCCUAAAUCAAGAAUCACAAACCAAUCUAGGGCCCUUGUGUCAAUACGUCUGCUUCAGGUUUUGUUGUUGUUUCUUGUUUUGACUCUUGGGAUCUCCGUUGUUAGUAUACACAUGAUCAAGUUCUUCAAGAUUCAAGAUCCUGUGUCUUCAACCACGUUGGUCUCUAUGUAUGAUCACGAGGCCGUUACAUUAGAGAGCUUUCUUAGGCCUCCUUUGAAUGUUUGGCACACUAUGAAUGACGGUGAAUUGCUUUGGCGCGCUUCCAUGGAGCCAAAGAGACAUGACUAUCCGUUUAAACGGGUUCCUAAGUUGGCUUUCAUGUUUCUCACCAAGGGGCCUUUACCAUUUGCUCCACUUUGGGAGAUGUUCUUUAAGGGACAUGAGGGUCUUUACUCAAUCUAUGUUCAUGCAUUGCCUAACUACAGAUCAGAUUUUGAUAGGUCAUCUGUGUUUUACAGAAGAUACAUCCCAAGUCAGGCUGUGGCAUGGGGAGAGAUGAGUAUGUGUGACGCUGAAAGGAGGCUUCUAGCUAGUGCGUUGCUUGAUAUAUCUAAUGAAUGGUUUGUUCUGCUGUCUGAAUCAUGCAUUCCUCUACGCGGUUUCGGCUUUAUCUAUGGUUAUGUCUCUGGAUCAAGAUAUAGUUUCAUGGGUUGUGCUGACGAGGAAGGACCUGAUGGGAGAGGAAGAUACAGAAACGGUAUGGAACCUGAGAUCACACUUAGCCAGUGGAGAAAAGGGUCUCAGUGGUUUGAAAUUAACCGGAAACUCGCUCUUGAGAUUGUUCAAGACACCACUUACUAUCCCAAAUUCAAAGAGUUUUGUAAACCACCAUGUUAUGUUGAUGAACAUUACUUCCCUACAAUGUUGUCUAUGAAACAUAGAAUUUUUCUGGCUAACCGGACACUGACAUAUACAGAUUGGUCACGUGGUGGUGCUCAUCCAGCUACUUUUGGUAAGGCUGAUGUAACAGAAGCUUUCCUCAAGAAUCUUCCUGGAGCUAAAGCCUGCCUCUACAAUGAUCAGAGGUCUCCUGUUUGUUAUCUCUUUGCUAGAAAGUUUGCUCCAAGCGCAUUGGAGCCCUUAUUGGAACUUGCACCCAAGAUUCUUGGGUUCUAAUAGAUCUUACACUUGUCAAUCUUGGUUUUGUUCUGGAAAGUGCUUGAGUUUGGACUGUGAACACCACAACUGAUCAUUAAUAAGUCUCUUCUUACGCAAUUAUACUUGAGGUAUUGUGAUAUUUAAACAUAUUUUUGACCUCAGAGAUGUUGAAUAAAGAGAAUUGAGUUCUUUGUCAGUCAUCCUUGGUUAGGUGUCUACUUAUUACACUUGUGUGAUUCCGACACUGACCAAUUCUUCAUAUACCCGAGCUUACCAGCACAACAACUAUACUACUCUUUUUUCACUCAACAAAGAUGCUAAGUCUUUCUUGAUAUAACCACCUC